UAUGACAAGACAGUUCUAUACAAUCUACUGUAUCAAACACGAAUCAGUGUUUCAUAUUCACUACGUCCCAAACAAGAAGAAACCAAUACAUUGCCACAGAUAUUUGAGAGGAUUCUUCUGUGGUAUCAAUAGUAUGGCAGGUUUGGGACCAAAUAGACUAGCAUUACGUUACUACCAAAGGUUCUAGUUUGUGAACAAGCAGAAUGAGUGAGAGUGCUAAGAAGCGACGAGUCAGUAAAAGACGGUCCAGCUUUGCUGCUGGUCGUGCCAAGCUACAGCAAUCUGGGGCCUUUGGAGGAGACUUAUAUAAAUCAAUAGAUGCUGACAAACCUCCAGACGAAAGAUUAGCUUUGCUGACAAAGGCAUGCCUGCAGUACACUUUACAGAAGAUGGAAGAAGAAUCCACAGAUAUUGAAGAUUUUCAAUCAUUGAAAAAGGAAUUGGAGGAGGCAGUGUUAUACCAGGUAGCCGAGAUGGAGGAGGCAGGUGUUUUCAAAAGAGCUACUAAGAAUCAGAGAUGUUUACCUAAUCCUAUUAACCUGGAGAUGGAUCAAACCAUUAUAGAAGUUGAAGAUAGGAUUAAACGGCUUGAUGAUGAGGUGGUAGCUUGGGACGAACUAUUGAACAGGUUGGAUAGAGAAGCAGAUGAAUCUCAGAAGAAAGAACGGGAUGUAAUGGAAGCAGAUAUUCCAUUUUAUAUCAAGAAGCUCGGAGAGGAAUGGAUGGUGCCAAAAAUGGAUUAUAACAGCAUGUUAUCAGACCUUGAUAAAGAUAUGAAAGUCACAAAGUUUCAUAUAAACAAGUUCUGCAAUGCCACUAAGACUUUACAGCGAACAUGCCUUACAGCUGGCAAAAUCCUCAACAUACAAAUACCCAAACUACAGAAGGAAGUGUUCCAAGUAACAGCAUCAGCAGACACCCCCCGGAGGAUGAUAGAAAGAAUUACUACGUUGCCGAGCUGAAACAACUCUGACAGAUAACUGAUAUUUCAGGAGAUGAUGUGUUCAUUUCUGAAGCUUACCCUGCAUUUCAGAAUCAGAUUCAUGUACAAAAUGGCCGUAUUCUAUGCCGACAAUAGACUGACAUUUACUUGUGAACUUCUAGAUGAGAUUACACCAUCAAACAAGUUGACAUAACUUUGGUACACAAUAUACACACUGUGAUAUACUUUUUUGUACUGUUCACUGUAGGAGUGCAGACGAACACACACUUUGUAAAUGUAAUAUCUCAUAAACUAUUUAUUUUAUAACUGCAACUGUAAAAUAAAGAUUACCAGUUACAAGAACAUAGUCUUCCCUAUUACAUAUACAAUGUUCCUCAUAGUAAAUACCAUGGCACCAAUAGUUUUUUUCAAUUGUUCAAAAUUGAUGUUUGUGUGUGUGGUGGGGGAGGGGGGUGUAUAUACACCGACUAAAUCUUGGUAUAAAAAAGGUAAUAUAUUCUAUAUUAAAGCUGUUAUUUUUUUAAUGUUAUCAUGUACAUUAUUUCGGUAAUAUUGUUUUAGAGAAUCUGUCUUUAAUUAACUUUACCAGAUGUAAUACUAUCUAAAUAUUAUUUCAAAACUGAAUUUCCAUACUUAUAACGAAUGCAUGGUUUGUUGUACAUUUAAAAGUGUAUUCAGUUACUUAACAAGUUCAAAUUACCAUGUACAUGUAUUAUGUUUCUAGUGUAGAGCUCUCUUGGAAAGGAGAUACAUUUCACACUGGUUACCAUGUACCCUUAAAGUAGAAAUUAUUCUAAAUAAAACAAUGCCUACAGAAAAUUGUUCCUUUUAUGUCUAUUUAGAUGCCAACAUAGUUCAUAUAGCGAUGACGCCGACUGAAAGCUGUGAGCUUCUUAUGGCGAUAAGCAACAUGGAUUUGCUUUGCUGCAUCAAUAGAUUCUAUACCAGUACAUCAACUGAAACAGUGAUUUGAUCAUUUGCUUGUCAUGGAAAGGCAAAAAAGACGUUAUUUGAUAUGUUUUUGUUAUUUAUUACAUGAUAUAAACAUAGUACUUACAGUGUUACUGCACAGUUAUAACACACCUUGACAGUGGAGAUUAAUACAUAAAUAUGCCUAUGGGCUCCUACACCACAAUUUUUUUUCUAUAAAAAUUUCCGUGGAAUUUACAUGUCUUAGUUAUAAAAAUAAUUUCUUUAAAUAUAUAUUGAAUAUACAUCAAAAAACAUAAGCUUAUGAAAUGUCAGAUCUCUAUUAAAUUCUUCAAGAUAAUUGACCUUUGAAGAUGAUACAGAUGAUACAUUGAAGAUCAUUGACUCAAUGAGAUUUGUAUAUUUAGCUGUAAUGUAACUCUUUUCUAAAUUUCAAGACAAAGGGAAACCAUUGAUUAUUUUCCAAGAUUCUUCAUGAAAUGUAGAGAUAUAUCAAUAAUUGUGCAUGAUUACCAGGUUAAAACGGUAAAGGGUACCAACAAGUUAACCUUUAUUAUUACUACUGCCACAGAUGAGAAAUAUUUGUUUAAGACCUUUUCAAAUGAAAUAUUUCGUAAAAAUAACAUGUUGCCAUGCAGAAUUUUAGUUGUUUGAAAGUUUGAAUAUCUAAAAAAUAGAACAAAAAAGGGAAUUCCAGGAUUCAAGGUCAGAACCUUUACAUAACAAAGCCUACACCUUACCAAUUUUGUAAUGCAAGCACAGCAUCAAAAUGACUGAAAUUUAUUGGCCAAUAAAAAGAACUUGAUAGGGAAGCUUCUCCAAGACUUAAAAAACUCCUUUUUGGUUGCUUCAGCUUCUUCAGAUUCCUAACUGAUGCAGUUAUGCCCUUUAUCUUAAGUAGAUUAAUAUUUCUGACAACUGACAGUUCGGGUGGCAGUUUUUCAUUUUUAAACAAGUCCCAACAUUUAAAUAGAUUUUUCCCAUUUGCCAUUGAAUAGUUUUAUGAAGCAAGUACAUUGCACAAUGCAAAUGUUCGGAAAUGUGGAAUGCCAUAGAAUGUACUACAUUCAAUAAACACUUUAACAUCAGGAAUGUGACAAAGAAAUACACGGUUGUAUUACGGUAUUAACACUAAAAGCACAUACAUGUAAAGCAUUUCAACAAAAACCACUUGACAUUGAACAAAUGUGUAUGUCUACCAUACAUAUAUAAUAUACACAUGUAAAAUAGAUAUUAAUUAAACUGUUUUAAUGGGAGUGUUGCGCUACUUUAGCUCAGAUUAGGGGGAAAUCAAUGCCAUUCAUAAAUACUGUUAGACCAUGGUAAUUGGACGGGAACAAGUAAAAAAUACAAAAUAAAACAGAGUUGCAUUAUCUGCCUGCAACAUCAGUAAAAUGAAUGUCAGUUGGAGAGAGAACUACAUGUCAUUGGCAACAUUAAAAAUGCUGUAUAAAUUUAAGGACUGGCUUUUUAAUGAUUCAGAUAUUUGAACAGCAAAAUUUUAUCAGUUGCACUAUCAAAUGGAAUUUCUAAGUUAAAAAAAUAUACAUAUAGAACCAUUUUUAGGCAUUCUUAAAACAAAAAUGUGUACUUGAUUAAUCAGGAAAUUCAAUUAUUUCUUCUUGUGUUGAAAUGAUAAAAUAUUCUAUACAUCACUAGCCAAAGGAAUGAAAGAAGGUGCUUUUGUGUUUUACAUACUUAUAGGUAGGGAUUGCCUCUUUUUGCUCUAAUUUCAAAAAUGGUUCAGAUUUGCUAAAAGAAUAAGCAAGGGCCAUAACUGGUAUUGCUAAAAGAAUAAGCAAGGGCUAUAACUGGUAUUGUUAAAAGAAUAAGCAAGGGCUAUAACUGGUAUUGCUAAAAGAAUAAGCAAAGACCAUAACUGGUAUUGCAAAAAGAAUAAGCAAGGGCUAUAACUGGUAUUGCUAAAAGAAUAAGCAAGGGCUACAACUGGUAUUGCUAGAAGAAUAAGCAAGGGCUACAACUGGUAUUGCUAGAAGAAUGAGCAAGGGCCAUAACUGGUAUUGCUAAAAGAAUAAGCAAGGGCUAUAACUGGUAUUGCUAAAAGAAUGAGCAAGGGCCAUAACUGAUACUGCUAAAAGAAUGAGCAAGGUUCAUAACUGGUAUUGCUAAAAGAAUGAGCAAGGGUCAUAACUGAUAUUGCUCAAAGAAUAAGCAAGGGCCAUAACUGGUAUUGCUAAAAGAAUAAGCAAAGACCAUAACUGGUAUUGCAAAAAGAAUAAGCAAGGGCUAUAACUGGUAUUGCUAAAAGAAUGAGCAAGGGCCAUAACUGGUAUUGCUAAAAGAAUAGGCAAAGGCCAUAACUGGUAUUGCUAAAAGAAUAAGCAAGGGCUAUAACUGGAAUUGCUAAAAGAAUGAGCAAGGGCCAUAACUGGUAUUGCUAAAAGAAUAAGCAAGGGCUACAACUGGUAUUGCUAAAAGAAUGAACAAGGGCCAUAACUGGUAUUGCUAAAAGAAUAAGCAAGGGCUAUAACUGGUAUUGCUAAAAGAAUGAGCAAAGGCCAUAACUGGUAUUGCUAAAAGAAUGAGCAAGGGCCAUAACUGGUAUUGCUAAAAGAAU